AUGAGUAAAACCUGCAAGACCGAAAUCUACCCACGCUACUGCUUUCAUCUGUCCCCAACUGUCAAUACCUGGUGUUUGCUCCACGCCUCUGAGAUUCACGCUCUUCAGCAGCAUGCCGGAUUCGAGGUCGUCGCGAUUGACGAUUUUCCCGGCCGACGUGUUCUCACCAUCGACGACAGUAGCGGUAGAUGCAUCGAGGCGUUGGUCGAGACGCAAGCACUCACAACUAAAUUCUCUGCCUCGGAUGAUGGAAAUCGGUCCGCGCGAGCCAAGAGUAUUGUAGAAAGUACAGACACGUUCCACGUCGGCCCUGCGACGGACCAAAACAAAGACGUCGAUGUGGGAGACGUUGUGGAUGUAAAAGGAAGUCUGUCGCUGUAUCGGGAGGAGAAACAGAUCAAAGUGGAGAAAAUGGUCAUCCUGAACAGCACCGCACAAGAAAUUGCUCUUUGGCAGAAGAGGACAAAAUUCCGCUGCGACACCUUGCAGAAGCCAUGGGUGUUGCGGCCCAGAGAUAUUCGGCGAUGUCGCAAGGAAAGCGAGGCUUCAGAAGCAAAUCUACAGCGGAAGAGAGACCGCCUCAGGGACGCUCCCCAAGUCGGACUAGCCACCAAGGCAAAGCCAGCAAAGCUCUUGGCAACCUCUGUCGCCUCUUUCCCAGCGAGAUCCAAAUUAAACGCCGCGUCUGAGCCCGUCGACGUGGGGAGGCAACUGAGGGAUCUGAUUCGAAGCGGAUCAACUAGUGGCAAAUACGGGGCUUUGGGAUUGUGA